GGAAAGGGACAAUUUCCCCAUUCCUUCCUUGGUUCUUUUGGCUGGUUGAAUAAUUAAAAUGACAUACGACAGGUUAACAGGAGAAAAUCAAAUUUAAUACGUGCACACAGGGAAUUCACAUAACAUGAAAAAUUCCAAAGACGGUCAGGCAAAAUGAGAUAUGUAUGUCAUUCUGGACUAAGGAGAAGGGGGCAGAGACCUGGGAGUUCAAAGGGGAAAGGGGCAAUUUACAGGAAGGAAAAAAAGAGUUACUCUUUGGUAAACCGAGUUUGCUGGGGCUGUCCAGAAGCAAUGGGCUGGAGAGAAGACGGAUCAAACAGGCCUGGAGAGGUUCCUCCCUCUCUGCCACACCUAGUUCAUGUUAUAGUAUAGUUGUAUAAAGUGAUAUCUCCUUCCUUCAACUAAUCCUCCAACUUCUUUUUAAGCAGUUAGGGGGAAUAUCAAAGGUUCUUCUUGAGUCUUUUGGGCCUUGAUUAUUUUUAGCUCAAAAUCAUCUACAUGCCAAAGUGGCACAUCUUGGGGUGACUUGUUCUGAGCCCCUCCGCAGUGAAGGAUAGUGAGUCGCUGGAAGUGAAGGGAAAUAGAGCUGACAAGAGUGAGAAAUGGGUAGUGGAAUGGCUAGCAAAAUGACUUCAGAUUUUAAAAUCUUUUAACUUGAAGAAUCUUGAAGAAUUUUUUUCCUGCAUAUUGUGUGAAAUUCUUUUAAGCUACAGAAUAACAAAGGAUUUCUGUAUUUUCGAAUUACAUUCAGUAACUGAUAUAAUGUGGCAGAAAAGGCUCUAGAAUCAGCCAGACUUGAAUUUGAAUCCCAGCUCUAAGCCAUGCUCUAUGACUUUGGGCAAAUUAAGAAAGUGUCUAGCAGAGUGCCUGGGACACAGCUGACUUUCUGUAAACGUUUAUGACCUUUGUCCCCAUUAGGAGGAGAGACUGGGCGUAGAUUACUCCAUACUGGAAAUGACAGUCUAUUUGAUUUGAGAUCCAAUCUGGAGUACUGAACUUUCUUCUAAAAAUCCUAGCAAAGCCUGUCCUGGCUAGAGCUGUAGCCAGAGGAAUCAGCAAGGCAAUUUAGUUCUGAAUUUGAAGAAGCAAGUGAAAAAAGAAUUUUUUGAAUAAUAUACUAUAACUGAUCAAAAUUUGGCAAUUAGCUAUUGAAAACCUUGCACUUUAUCAUUUAUCCCUUCACUAUAGUCCAUCUUUGAGGAGGAAGGAUUAGAGAAUUUGACAUAAGCAGAAGUGAAGAGGUCCUGGAGAGUCAAAUUAUUACUACUUUCUUUUCAUAAUCCACACUAUUAAAUUAGAUUGUUUGGCGUGUAUGUGCAAACGUGUAUGUGUUUCCUACGGUUAAGCAUUUAGGAGAAACAUCUAUGAUGAAAUAUGGCAUAGACACAAAAAGCUUUAUUGACGUGUCUAUGUUGAAUUGGUGUUUUACUUCCUUUUCAUUAAAACCGGGUCUUUUCUGUAUGGGUUCUCCUAAGCCCAACUGGUCAGUGAAAUUAAUUGCAGUAUUUAGAUGCAAUCACAGAUAAUCACCCUCUUGGCUCUCAGAAGUUCCAUUGACAGACCACCAUCUCAUGCUUCCUGUCUGCCCAAAAACCCUCAUCCAUCCCAUUAUCGAAUCUUAAAAAUUAAACGGCUCUAACAUGUAUCCAAUCGAAAACUCACACUGCCGUUUGGAACACAGCCCAGUGGUCAGUUUCACAACUACCCUCAAAACUUAGAAUUUAUAUGCUAGAAAUCCUUAUUAUGAAUGUAGGUACUAAACCCCAUAAAAAUGCCUUUCACCAUGGUACAAAUCUCUUGAUCAGUCAAGAUGAAUUCUGUAUAAAAGUUCUCUAGGUCUUUAUUGAUGACUUCAUUAGGUAAGUUUUCUCAAUGCGGGGUCUGACCAGCCUGGGUUUCAACUCAACUCUGCCACACAGUAACUGUGAGACCUUGUUAACCUUUGUCUCUGAGAUUUAUCAUGUUCCAGAGUAAAAUGGAGAUGAUAAUAGUACCUACUUCAUAGGAUUGUUGUAAAGAUUAGUCAGAUAAUGUUUUAGCACAGUGCCUUAUCCAAGGUGAGUAUUAAAUAAAAUGUAGAAGGUUUCAGAAAAUGGUAAGCUUGUUAAAAGUAGAUCAGAAAAGUACCUUCUUAGACAAAGGAAGUUUUAAUUUAGUUGCAGAAAGAAUAUGCUCUGUUAACCUAUCUGCACGCCGUCUGACGUAGGAACAGUUGGAAUUCCUCACGCUUCCACACAUUAGAGCAGAGAGUGGGCUGCUUGGGGUGCGGGGCAGAGGCCAUGGAGAAUACUCAGUAAGAGAUAAAGUCUUAACCUAAUCUUUUGUUGUGGUUUGGCAUUCGCUUCAAAGAAACAUUGAUCCAAAGUACAUCAGUGCUGUUGUCUCUCCAUGGUAAACAGAUUAUCUCUUUCAAGUUGUUAAAAUGAUGUUGGAAGGUUGAAUCUUAACAAGGAUUGACCUCAAGGCCCAGAUUUCUCUCUGUAAAGCAAAGCAGUUUCUACCGGAGCUUGUUUAUAUAAUGAAACAGAAAUAGAAAACACUGGUAUUUAUUAAGACUGGUGUUCUCCCUAAGGAGUCUGUUUAAUUAUAUGAGGUAUGACUCUAAUUAUAUUGACUAGUUUCCACGACACCAGAAAAUGCACUCGACAAUUCAUUGAGCCUCUUUUCUUCCUCCCUUAAGACAGCUGUGCUGUACAACAUUUUGAAACACACAGUAAAUAUAAGGCUGGACUUUAUUUGAGAAUGUCUGCUUGCUUUUUCAGUUCAACUUUUUAAAAUUCAAGUCCUACAUAUGUCUCACUAACUGUGAAUUGCAGUUGUGAUAAACAUAAAAACCGCUGGAAAAUGAAAACAUGAUUUAAGCUGUUAGAAAAUAUGCCCCCCUCUUAAAACGCAUUUUGCCAGAGUCACGGAUUAAGAAACUCAAAUCCAGGGCUACGUUGGAUUGCAAGUUAUCUUUGGGGUGAAUUUGGUUAGAAGUGUGCACUUGACCAGUCAGAAAGGACAAGACAAGAAUUUACCUCACACAAAUGCUUGAAGAUGAGUACGGAAUGCAUUCUAACUAUAUAGUCCUACUAAACGCCAUAAUCAUUAUUGACCAGAAUUAGGUGUUUGCUUACUUAGGAGAUAGGUGUUUUUAUGAUGAUCACCUACCAACUAUUGCCUAAUUUCAACCACCUUCCAUGUGGUCAGGGAAAGAGUUGCAAAAACUACGUUGGGGUCGUAGCAGUCUCCCUGACCCUCGCCCCACUUGUCCAGACAAGGGAACCUGGUACAGCCAGUCCUGUAAGAGCAAUAGGCCACUAGGGCUGGUGGGGGAGGGGAGGGCAGUGCCAGCCAAUCAGAAGCAUGGUCAGUGCACGUGAAACAAUGAGCUUCUGAUGAGGGUGUGGCCAGGAAAACGGCUUUUAGACAAAACUGUCAUUUUAUGGGUCAGCUAUCAACAGAUAUGGCACUUCUGCUGUCUUCAGAAUAAUAACCAGGCCCUUUUGCUGUUUUCUGCACUCCUGAAAGAUCUAGUCCCUAAUCUAGGCUCUGGCUUUUCCCCAGCCUUGGAGGAAGCGGAGGUCUGUUAGGGGACUGCUUGCUGUGACCGUAGAAUCCUGAACAUUUGCCUUGAACAUGAACGCUCGAAAGGGAGACUCCCAGGACCGGGCCAUCGUCAGAAUGGCAGCUCAUCUGCCAGAUCUCAUUGUCUAUGGAAAUUUCUCCCUAGAGCGACCUUCUGUGGAUUAUUUUGACGGAGUCUUGAUGUUUGUUGAUAUUUCAGGUUUUACUGCAAUGACCGAGAGGUUCAGCACAGCCAUGUACAUGGACCGAGGGGCCGAGCAGCUGGUGGAGAUCCUCAACCACUACAUCAGUGCCAUCGUGGAGAAAGUGUUGAUUUUUGGAGGAGACAUCAUAAAAUUUGCAGGCGACGCGCUGCUGGCCCUGUGGAAGGUGGAGCGAAAGUACCUGAAAGACAUUAUCACGGUGGUGAUUAAAUGUAGCCUGGAGAUCCAUGGAUUGUUUGAGACCCAGGAGUCUGAAGAAGGCCUGGAUGUCCGGGUCAAGAUAGGCCUGUCUGCCGGUCACAUCACCAUGUUGGUCUUUGGAGACGAAACACGCAACUACUUUCUGGUGAUGGGCCAGGCAGUGGACGAUGUGCGCCUUGCACAGAACAUGGCACAGAUGAACGACGUCAUUCUGUCACCAAACUGCUGGCAGCUCUGUGACCGGAGCAUGAUUGAAAUUGAGAGGAUUCCAGACCGGAGAGCAGUUAAGGUGAAUUUCUUAAAACCACCCCCUGCUUUUAACUUUGAUGAGUUUUUCACAAAGUGUAUGACUUUCCUGGAUUAUUAUCCUUCUGGUGACCACAAAAACCUCCUGAGGCUUGCAUGCACGCUGGAGUCAGAUCCCGAACUGGAGUUGUCCCUACAAAAGUAUGUGAUGGAGAGCAUAUUUAAGCAGAUUGUUGACAAACAGCUUCCCGGUUAUUUGUCUGAGCUUCGCCCAGUGACAAUUAUGUUUGUAAACCUAUUGUUUAAGGACCGAGAAAAAGCAGAAGUCAUAGGCACAGCCAUUCAGGACGCCUGUGUGCACAUCAAUUCUGUCCUGAGGGUCUUCCGAGGCCAAAUCAAUAAAGUCUUCAUGUUUGACAAGGGCUGCUCCUUUCUCUGUGUCUUUGGUUUCCCUGGGGAAAAGGCACCUGACGAAUUCGCUCAUGCCUUGGAAAGUGCCAUGGAUAUAUUCAGCUUCUGCUCUCAGGUCCACAAAAUCCAUACUGUUUCCAUCGGCGUGACCAGCGGCAUUGUCUUUUGUGGAAUCGUCGGACACUCUGUGAGACAUGAGUACACAGUAAUUGGUCAAAAAGUCAACAUAGCAGCCAGGAUGAUGAUGUACUACCCGGGAAUCGUGACCUGCGACUCUGUCACCUACAACGGCAGCAACCUACCAACCUACUUUUUCAAAGAGCUUCCAAAGAAAGUCAUGAAAGGUGUUGCAGAUUCUGGACCAGUCUAUCAGUGUUUGGGCCUUAAUGAGAAAGUCAUGUUUGGUAUGGCAUACCUCAGCGGCAACAGAAAUCAGGAUUACCUUUUGCUGGGACGUGAUAAGGAGAUCAAAAUCUUCAUGUGUACUAUGAAGGAAUUUUUGAUGUGCAACUGCAGCCGAGUCCUAAUGUACGAGGGGUCAUCGGGAUGUGGAAAAAGCCAGAUACUGACGGAAAUUGAGUUCCUGGCCCAAGGUGAGAAUCACAGGACUAUUGCUAUUGCAUUGACUAAGGUCAGCUUCCAGCAAAAUUUUUAUACCAUCCAGAUACUCAUGGCCAGUGUACUAGGUCUGGAUACUUGUAAACAUUAUAAAGAACGACAGACCAACCUUCAGAAUAAAGUCAAGAUGCUGUUGGAUGAAAAGUUCCACUGUCUUCUUAACGACAUUUUCUACGUCCAGUUCCCUAUUUCAAGAGAGUUCUCCAAGAUGAGCACCUUGAGAAAGCGAAAGCUGUUGGAAGCAUUGUUUAUGAAGAUCUUGGAGCAAACAGUGAAAGAGGAAAGGAUUAUUUUUAUCAUCGAUGAGGGCCAGUUUAUUGAUGCAGCCUCCUGGGCCUUUAUGGAGAAGCUUGUCCGCACUCUUCCUGUGUUCAUCAUCAUGUCCCUGUCUCCCUUCGUUGGCUUACCCUGUUCAGGGGCCAGUGCCAUAAUGAAGAACAGGAACACCACCUACGUCACCCUGGGUGCCAUGCAGCCUAAGGACAUCCGAAACAAGGUCUGCGUAGACCUCAGUGUCAGGGGCAUCUCCAAAGAGCUGGACUCGUACCUGGUGGAGGGGAGCUGUGGGAUUCCAUUCUACUGUGAAGAAUUGCUAAAAAACCUCGAUCAACACAGGGUGCUCAUUUUCCAGCCAGUCGAGUCCGAGGAAAAGGCAAAUGUGACCUGGAACAACCUGUUCAAGAAUUUUGCUAAGCCAACAGAGGAAUUAAAAAUGUUCACUCUCAGUAAUGAGGAGGAAAGUGAAGAAUUCUGUAACCUCGCAAGUGGUGUCAGACUGAAAAACUUGUCACCGCCAGCAUCAUUAAAAGAAAUCUCUCUGGUUCAGCUGGAUAGCAUGAGCCUUUCCCACCAGAUGUUAGUGAGAUGUGCGGCCAUCAUUGGCCAGACCUUCACUACAGAGUUGUUGUUUGAGAUUCUCCCUUGUUGGAACAUGAAGAUGAUGAUCAAGGCCCUGGCGACUCUAGUGGAAUCCAACAUCUUUGAUUGUUUCCGGAAUGGCAAGGAGCUCCGAAUGGCUCUGAAACAGAACACGGCCUCGUUUGUGGUGAAUUAUCGCUCCCUGUCUCUGAAGCCCAGUGAAGGAAUGGCUCACGGAGAGGAGGAAGAGCUUCGUGAGCUGGAAAGCGAGGUGAUCGAGUGUCACAUCAUUCGAUUCUGCAAGCCUAUUAUGCAGAAAACAGCCUAUGAGCUGUGGCUGAAGGACCAGAAGAAAGCCAUGCACUUGAAAUGUGCCCGCUUUUUAGAAGAAAAUGCUCACAGGUGUGACCACUGCCGAAGUGGUGACUUCAUUCCGUAUCACCACUUCACGGUGGACAUCCGGCUCAACACUCUGGACCUGGGCACCAUUAAGAAGAUGGCGAAGUCCCAUGGAUUUCAAACUGAAGAAGAGAUCAGCUUUUCCAAAAUAGAGAUUCCUAAGAAAUCCGAGAUAUUUCCUGAAAGUCUCAGUUCUGAAGAAAUAAGAGAAAAGAUCUUGAGUUUCCUUGACAUCAUUAUACUAAAAAUGAAGACGUCUGAGGAAGACAUCAUCCCCCUGGAAUCUUGCCAGUGUGAGGAAAUCCUCGAGAUCGUCACCAUACCUCUGGCCAACCAUUUUCUGGCUUUGGGAGAAAACAACAAAGCUUUAUAUUACUUCCUAGAAAUCGCCUCUGCGCAUCUCCUCUUAGGUGAUAAUUACAUGGCAUACGUGUACCUGAAUGAGGGAGAGAGGCUGCUAAAAACUCUCAAUAAGGAAAAGUCUUGGAAUCAGACUUUUGAGUCUGCCACCUUUUACAGCCUCAAAGGUCAGGUCUGCUUCAACAUGGGCCAGAUGGUGCUUGCCAAGAAAAUGCUGAGGAAGGCCCUGAAGCUCCUCAACCGAAUCUUUCCUAACAACGUCAUCUCCUUGUUUCUCCAGACCCACGUCGAGAAAAACAGACACUUUCGUUAUGUGAAUCAGCAGGCCCAAGAGAGCUCGCCUCCAGGGAAGAAGAGACUGGCGCAGCUUUACCGGCAAUCCGUCUGCUUCUCCUUGCUGUGGCGGAUCUAUAGCUUAAAUUAUUUUUUUUACUACAAGUAUUACAGCCAGCUGGCAGCUAUGAUGCAAGUGAACACCGCCCUGGAAACUCAAGAUGAUUUCCAGAUCAUUAAGGCCUACCUGGACUAUUCGCUGCACUACCAGCUGGCCGGCUACCAGGGUGUGUGGUUCAAGUACGAAGUCAUGGCCAUGGAGCAGGUCUUCAGCCUCCCCCUGAAGGGCGAGGGCAUUGAAAUGGUGACGUAUGUGGCUGAUACACUGGGCUACAUCAAGCUCAUAAUGGGCCACUUGGACUUGGCCUAUGACUUAGGCUCUCGAGCCCACAAGAUGUGGGCACUGCUCCGGAAUCCCAACAGACACUAUAUAGUCCUCUGCUGGCUUAGCAAAUGUCUCCUCUUGAAAACCAGACACAAGCAGCUGGUGCAGGUGCUGGGGUCGCUGUGGGAUCUUUCUAUAGCAGAAGAGCACAUCUUCAGCAAGGCGUUUUUCUAUUUUGUCUGCCUGGACAUCAUGCUUUAUUCUGGCUUUGUUUAUAGGCCAUUUGAAGAAUGUUUGGAAUUCAUACACCAAAACGAAGACCAUUGGAUCCUCAAGUUCCAGAGUGGAAUGCUCCUGGGACUUUAUUCGUGCAUAGCUGUCUGGUAUGCCAGACUUCAGGAAUGGCAGAACUUUCACAUGUUCUCCAAUAGAGCUAAAAAUCUAGUGCCAAGAAGAACCCCGACAGCUCUGUACUGUGAAGGAAUCACUAGAUACAUGGAGGGGCAAGUUCUCUACCUGCAGAAGCAAAUUGAAGAACAGUCUGAGAACGCUCAAGACAGUGGCGUUGAGCUACUCAAGAACCUGGAGAAUCUGGUGGCUCAAAGUACCACUGGCCCCGUCUUCUACCCGAGGCUGUACCACCUGAUGGCAUACGUCUGUAUACUCAUGGGAGACGGGCAGAACUGCGACCUCUUCCUGAACACGGCCUUACAGCUCUCUGACACACAGGGGAACGUGCUGGAGAAGUGCUGGCUGAACAUGAGUAAAGAAUGGUGGUACUCGAGCUCCGAGUUCAUGGAAGAUCAAUGGCUUCAAACGGUCUUGAGUCUCCCAUCAUGGGAAAAAAUUGUUUCAGGCAAAGUAAACAUGCAAGAUAUCCAAAAAAACAAAUUCCUAAUGAGAGUUAACAUCCUGGACAAUCCUUUCUAACAUUUCAUGGAAGAGAAUAAAGAUUUUAGUAAGACUCAUUCUCCUGUGACCAUCUGUCAUCAACCAUUCUCUGUAGCCAGCGCCCUCCAGGUUCCUACAUGGUCUCUUCUGUUCCAGACACAGAACCAGAUGUGCUGGUUUCUUCUCUUUCUGGAGGGUCACACAAGGUCGGCAGUGUCCUGCUUUACUUUCUCCAACUUUGCACAAAUUGCCUUUGCCUUUCAAUGUUUUAGCUUGACCUGUUUAUUUCAGCCCAUACAAAAUUAUAUCAUAUGGAAAAAUAUUAAUAUCAAAAUGGUGGGGCUGGCCUGGUGGCAUACUAGGUAAAUUCGCA